CAGAGAGUCCCUCCUAACUAACGACUCUCCACCGAUCUGUUAAUUCCGCGAUCUAAAAGAAAAAAAAAAAAAAAACAAAUUCUUACUGAAAGUUUUUCAAUCAAUUCCGUUAUUUUUCUUAGAAAUUGUUUAGUUAAUUUAUUUAUUGACACAGAAUAACACAAAUCACGUUGUAAAGUAAGUUGCAUUUUGCCCUUUUGAUGAUCAAAGGUUAGGGUAUUACUGUUGAUUCAUUCAAUCAAUGGCAUCGUGGCUCAAAGCCGCCGAAGAUUUAUUUGAGGUAGUAGAUAGAAGAGCCAAGCUUGUUGCUGGUGAGAAAUCAGAUGAACUGCCUGAUGUUCAGGCCCCAGCUUCCAAUGGACAAGGAACUCCAGCAAGGAGGACCAGACCUAGAGUGAAGUCCAAAAGGAGAGUUUCUUCCAAUGAAGCUCCAGUAGAUGUUGAAAGGGAGAAAACUUCACCAGAAACAGGACAGAAGCAUGUAGUCCCUGAUGUAGAUGUGCUGAUGCCAUCAAUUGAAAAUACUGGGAGUAAUUCUGGUACUCCCGGACACACUAACAAUGAAGAGCAGGGCAAUGUUGAUGGAGAUAGCUCCACAACUGAGACUGCUUUAUCUAGUACAAUAUCUAAGGAUGAGGCAAAACCUGUUGCCGAUCAUCUUGAUGCAGCAAGUGUUUCUAAUUUGGAAUUAGUGCCUUCAAAUUCAAAUGAUAAAUUUGGGAGUGAAGACACUUCAGAUGUUCCUGUUGAAGAUCCAUCUAUUGCUUCUAAAGGAGUGGAAAUUGUUAGAGGUGACUAUCCAACUGACUCCAGUCAAAAUAUCAUGUCAGAAGGUGCAGCGUCUUCUAAAAAUAUGGAUCAAUUAGACUCUCAAUCUCUACAUGCAAAUGGACCUAGCAAAGUUGAUGUACAGCUGUCACAUGUGGAUUUAGUAGUUGAACCUAAUACUGAGCAGAAAAAGCAUCAAGAGCAGAAAAAUGUCCCUUCAGUGAUGAAAGUGCAAGAGCAACUGGAUGAGGCUCAAGGACUACUCAAGAGUACAAUAUCAACUGGUCAGUCAAAAGAAGCUAGGUUAGCUCGGGUCUGUGCUGGGCUUUCUUCCCGCUUGCAAGAGUACAAGUCUGAAAAUGCUCAGUUAGAAGAGCUUCUUACAGCAGAGAGAGAGUUGAGCAAGUCAUAUGAAGCUCGCAUAAAACAGCUUCAGAAAGAUCUAUCUGCAUCCAAAAGUGAGGUGACUAGGGUGGAAUCAAAUAUGGUUGAUGCAUUAGCCGCAAAGAAUUCUGAAAUCGAGGCACUUGUCAGUUCUGUUGAUGCACUGAAGAAGCAGGCUGCUUUAUCUGAAGGAAAGUUGGCAUCACUUCAGGCAAACACGGAGUCUUUGAUGAGAAAUAGGGAACUAACAGAGACAAGGAUGAUGCAAGCUCUAAGGGAGGAGUUGACUACUGCUGAGCGAAGAGCUGAAGAUGAGCGUGCUUCCCACAGUGCUACUAGGAUGGCUGCUAGGGAAAGGGAAGUAGAUUUGGAACACAGAGCUGUUGAGGCAUCCACAGCAUUAGCCAGGAUCCAGAGAACAGCAGAUGAAAGGGCUGCAAAGGCUGCAGAGCUUGAGCAGAAGGUGGCAUUGCUAGAGGUUGAAUGCACAUCGUUAACUCAAGAACUGCAAGAUAUGGAAGCUCGUGCACGUCGUGAGCAAAAGAAGGUCCCUGAAGAUACAAAUCAAGCCAUACAGGUGCAAGCAUGGCAAGAGGAAGUGGAGCGUGCACGCCAAGGUCAGAGAGAGGCUGAGAGCAAGCUUUCCUCAAUGGAGGCUGAAGUUCAAAAGAUGAGAGUUGAAAUGGCAGCAAUGAAGAGGGAUGCUGAACACUACUCACGUCAGGAACACAUGGAGCUGGAGAAACGGUACCGGGAACUCACCGAUCUAUUGUAUUACAAGCAAACACAGCUGGAAACCAUGGCUAGUGAGAAGGCUGCAGCUGAGUUUCAGUUGGAAAAGGAAGUAAAGCGGCUUCAGGAAGCACAGUUAGAAGCAGAAAGAAGCAGAGCUUCUCGUCGAGCAUCAUCCUCUUGGGAAGAAGACGCUGACAUGAAAGCACUUGAGCCUCUCCCAUUGCAUCAUCGCCAUAUGGCUGGGGCAAGCUUACAGUUGCAGAAGGCAGCCAAGUUUUUAGAUACUGGGGCUGUCAGGGCCACAAGAUUCCUCUGGCGGUAUCCAACUGCUCGACUUAUCCUGCUUUUCUAUUUGGUAUUUGUGCACCUCUUCCUGAUGUAUCUCUUGCAUCGCCUUCAGGAGCAAGCAGACACUUUUACUUCCAGACAAGUUGCAGAGUCAAUGGGACUUGCCAACCAAACGUUACCUUGAGGGACAUACCUGCAAGGUACCAUUCAGAGUUGCCUUUAGAUCUCAAAAUUUCUUCUCCUCUUCUACUAUUUGAGAUUGUCAGAUGGGGAAAACGGUCUACAAUUUUGUCAUUAUUGUUCUCUAUUUUGUGGGUCUUGAAGAUUAUGAAUUUUUUUGGUGAACCUUUUACUUGAGGAGAUUCAUGUUCUAUACUCUAAAAACCGACAUGUCAAGGUUUAUACAUGGGUUGACUAGCCCCUCCAAGAGGUCUUUACUGACUACUAGCAUGCUUUGUUUAGUCGUAGCUAACAUUCUAGAGAUAUGAGGUUUUGUGUGUUUCUACGUACCUUACACAUAUUUGAUGAGAAUCGUCUGUAUGUAAACCACAGCCUAGUAUUUAAGUUUGAUCUUAACAGUUGUAAAUGCUGCUUUUGGCCAAGAACUAAACUGAAUAAUGCAUCUAUUAUUUUGUUCAUAA